CCUCGGACCAUGUACCAGGACUACCCCGGGAACUUCGACACCUCCUCCAGAGGCAGCAGCGGCUCCCCGGGACAUCCCGAGACCUACUCCAGCGGCGCAGCCCAGCAGAAAUUUCGAGUAGAUAUGCCAGGAUCAGGCAGUGCUUUUAUCCCUACAAUCAACGCCAUCACGACUAGCCAAGACCUGCAGUGGAUGGUCCAGCCCACUGUCAUCACCUCCAUGUCAAGCCCUUACUCUCGUUCGCACCCCUACAGCCAUCCGCUGCCCCCGCUGUCUUCAGUGGCCGGACACACGGCCCUUCAGCGACCUGGUGUGAUCAAAACCAUCGGGACCACGGUGGGCCGGAGACGAAGAGACGAGCAGCUGUCGCCCGAAGAAGAAGAGAAGCGAAGGAUCCGGAGAGAGAGGAACAAGCUGGCAGCUGCUAAGUGUCGUAACAGGCGUCGAGAGCUAACAGAGAAACUCCAGGCGGAAACUGAAGUGUUGGAGGAGGAGAAGUCAGUGCUGCAAAAGGAGAUCGCUGAGCUCCAGAAGGAGAAGGAGAAGCUGGAGUUUAUGCUGGUGGCUCACAGCCCUGUGUGCAAAAUCAGCCCUGAGGAACGUCGGAGCCCACCAUCCAGCAGCCUCCAGAGCGCUCGGACUGGAGCAAGCGGAGCGGUGGUGGUGAAGCAAGAGCCUGUGGAGGAAGAGAUCCCAUCUUCCUCUUUGGUCCUUGACAAAGCCCAGAGGUCUGUCAUUAAGCCCAUCAGCAUUGCUGGAGGUUUUUAUGGGGAGGAGGCACUCAACACUCCCAUCGUGGUGACCUCAACACCAGCCAUCACUCCUGGCUCCUCCAACUUGGUGUUCACCUACCCCAACGUGUUGGAUCAGGAGUCUCCUCUCUCCCCAUCUGAGUCCUGCUCCAAAGCUCACCGGAGGAGCAGCAGCAGCGGUGACCAGUCCUCGGAUUCCUUGAACUCUCCCACCUUGCUGGCGUUGUAAUCCCCCUGCGGCCCCCAAUUUUGCCAGUGUGUUACACCCCCCCCAGCACCAUGGGGGGAGCCCCCCUCCAUGGGAUUAGACACAGGCACAGUAUCGUUCAAGCACAAGGGCAGCAAGAACAAGGAUGGGGAAGUGCUGCAGCUCCAGGAAGGAGAGUGAGGACCAACACCAGCUCCCUGGAGGCAGGAAACGGCAAGGGUGGGACUGACGCACCAGGACUAUUUGGAGAGGGUGAUGUCCCCUCUGUAGGGACCGCCUACGGAAACCUCUUCACGGCCGUAGUGGACUUGGGGAGCACUCCCGGCCAGGACUGAAGGCGAGCUGCAGACAGUUGCUAGUCGUCCCUUUCCUUUGUGAAUUGAUCUGAUCGGUUGUGCUCUGUGUUUAGAUCAUUCUGGUUAGUUGAUCUUACAACUUCUCUCUUUCCCUCUCUCUCUCUCUGCGCUUAUCAUUUCCAAUGUUGUCAAUCCCAUGACAUUUCAUCCAGUUGCUCUGAACUCUAAAGGCUUGGUAGGAUCUUUCCUCUUGGGACAGGGUGUGGGAAACACGUAGGGUUGCCCAGGCAGGAGGGGGAUGGCUGGGAGGUCCGGAAG